AUGCCCAAUUACGCAAAGUUCAUGAAAGAUCUUCUAUCACGAAAGCGUAAGCUACAAGAAUGUGAGACGGUGACUCUGACAGAGGAAUGCAGUGCCAUUACCCAGAAAAAGUUGCCUCCAAAGCUUAAAGAUCCAGGAAGAUUCAGCAUUCCAUGCAACAUAGGCAAUAUGGAAGUGAAAAAUGUUCUAUGUGAUCUCGGUGCCAGCAUCAACAUGAUGCCACUAUUUAUGAUGAAGAAACUGGGGAUUACUGAAGUAAGGCCAACCAAGACAAUAGUUCAACUGGCUGACCGCUCUACAAAACAAGUUUAUGGAAUCAUUGAGAACAUACUGGUAAAUGUUGACAAAUUCAUCAUUUCUGUUGAUUUUGUCAUCCUUGAUAUAGAGGAAAAUUCUACUAUUCCUAUGAUCUUCGGAAGACCUUUCUUGGCAACUUCAGGAGCGCUGAUUGAUGUACCGAAAGGCGAGUUGAUCUUACGGGUAGACGGGGAGCAGGCAAUUUUCAAGUGUAUAUAUGGGAUUAAAGCAUACACAGAUGCCACAGCUGGUAAUGAUAAGGAGGCAGCAGAGGAGAAUUGA